AUGGAUAUUCAGCGUAUGUUAGUAGCAUAUGUUUGUCUAUCAAAUGCAAUAGAAAGCACCAAAGAGUUUGGGAAGAAGUUACCACUAGUUCCUUUUAUGGUACAAGACAACUUUGGAAUGCAGAUGUGCCUCAAAGAAUGUGAAGCAUUUUCUUUGUGUUCCUCUAUUAACUUUCAUCGUAAACGUUUUGUGUGUGAGUUGAACAGCCAUACGAAGGAUGAAAAUAUUUCUUUGAUCAACGAUCAAGAUUAUGUUUACCUCGAAAUAUCGCAUCCGAGCAACAGAACAUGUGGAACUGGUGUGACCUGUAAUCUACAAUCCAAGUGUAUCCGUACAACGUUCGAUCAGUUUAUGUGUAUGCCUGUCUUCUGUAGUGACCCUCCAGAAAUACCAAAUGGAUACAUCGCUCAAAAGACGUUCUCCCCACCAUCAGUAACACAUGGGUGUAACUUUGGAUACACCGGAGUAGGAAACAACACUUCAAGCUGUGUGCCCGGCAAGAAUUGGAGUGCCCCAGGCUAUUACUGUGCAUCCAUUUGUGGAUACGGAGGAGUACACAGCUAUGGAGGAAAAAUGUAUUGUGUUGUUCCUCAGGAACGCUCUUGGAUAAAUGCAAAGGACUAUUGUUAUCAAAUCAACGCACAACUGAUGGAAAUAGAAAGUGCUGAAGAGCAAAACUGGAUAGCUUCCAAAGUUCCAGGGAUUGGAAGUUUUUGGAUUGGUCUGACAGACCAAGAAACAGAAGGCACGUGGCGCUGGUCUCAUUCGCAUAGUGCUCCCCAAAAUCCACAAUGGCUUGACGGUCGGCCGGAUGGGGGAACUGCUGAAAACUGUGCAAUGUUGUAUUCCGGCAGAUGGGAUGACUUUUCGUGUCAUGACACUAUGUACUUUAUUUGUGAAAAGUAAUUUGUGACACUGCUUGAACAAAUAUGAAUAAUGUGCAUGUACUGGAUUCAUUAUUCUGAUACGUUGCACCAUAAGCCCGAAUUCCGAUUUAUGUUGUAUUGGGUAUGCUGACACUUUACGGAAUAUUGUGUACCGUUUUUUGGACAGUUCCGUGUUUUAAGUUCACUUCUGCGUUCAGCCACCGUAAGCUUGAUGACUUACGAA